AUGUCAAAUUCUCCAAUUAAAAUUGAAGAAUAUUUUUUAGAGUUUUUGAAUGUUGAAGAUACAACUGGUUUGGGACUUUUCAAUGAAUUGCAAGUUAUUUUACAAUCUUUAGAACUUGAUAUUGAUAAUGUGAGGGGGCAAGGCUAUGAUAAUGGCUCUAAUAUGAAAGGUAAACAUCAAGGUGUGCAAAAAAGAUUGCUUGAUAUUAAUUCUAGAGCAUUUUAUAUGCCAUGUGGUUCUCAUUGUCUCAAUUUAGUUGUUUGUGAUAUGGCAAAUUCUUGUGUUAGAGCAAAAUCAUUUUUUGGAGCAUGUCAAUGCAUAUACAACGUAUUUGCUAAUUCUACAAAGAGAUGGAAUGUUUUGCUUGAGUAUGUUGAUGAAUUAACUUUGAAAUCACUGUCUACAACAAGAUGGGAAAGUCAUAUUGAAUCUGUAAAAGCAAUAAAAACUCAAGCCUCUAAAAUUAGAGAAGCUUUGUUUAAGUUGGUAGAAAUCAGUGAGGAUGCGAAAUUAAGUAGAGAUGCCGAAACUUUAGCAUCCGAUAUUGCUAUAGGUCAAUUGAAGAGCAGGUUUGAACAAUUGCAAUACUUUGAAUCUAUAUUUGGUUUCUUAUUUGAUGUUACGAAAUUGAUUUCAUUGGAUGAUGGUGAUUUGAUGAAUGCUUGUGUGAAACUUGAAAAUGCUUUGAAACAUGGUGAUGCUUCUGAUAUUGAUGCAAAAUGUUUAUGUUCAGAAUUAGAAGUGUUACGAGUGAUGUUACCGAAUGAAUCAUGUGAUAGAAGUAAGCCAUGGGCCGCUAUUCAAAUAUUAGAGUUUGUAAAAAAGAUGGAUAUGUUUCCACAUGUCAUGAUUGCUUAUAGAAUAUUGUUGACGAUACCCGUAAUUGGCUACUUGAAGGACAAAAUGGUGGCUCUUCGGCUAUAA